CAAUGUUAAUAAACUCAGGAUGAUAAUAUUUGUAUCGACGCGAUGAUUCACAGAUCUUCGAACAAACAGGACAAUUUCAGUCAUAUAUCAACCGUUGAGUGAAUAACACCGGACGAGUAUGGCACCACUCUCGCUGAAGAUUGUGUUGGACGAGGGCGCCGUCACCAAGACGCUGAUGUUUGACACCUCCAUGAAGGUGGAGUUUGCGCACCAAAUAGUUCGAGACAAAAUUUCAACCAUCGAUCAUAAUAGAGCUUACGGUUUCUUCCUGACCUCUGCUGACGAUGAGCUCUCUGGCGUGUGGCUGGAAAGUGACAAAAAACUGGAGUAUUACAUGCUCAGGGAUGGAGAUUCGCUGUACUAUUUGCCCAAAAUGCGAAACCUUAGGCUGCGUAUGUUGGAUGGUUCUGUUAAGACGAUUCAAGUGGAUGAAUCGAAAUGCAUUGGAGACUUGAUGACCCAUGUUUGCGACAGAAUAGGCAUCCCGAACAACGAGGAAUACGGCUUUUGUCGCGAAGAAUGCGAUUCGCCAGAUGAAUCAAAACCAAUGACUGGAACUUUGACUUUGAAGAAGAAGACCAUUCAGCGGGAAAAAGACGCACUCCUUGAACAACUCAGUAAAAAGUUAAAAACUGAUGAUAAUGUGGAGUGGCUUGACCAGCACAAAACCUUGCGUGAAUGUCGAGUGGAUCCCAAUGAGACCUUACUCUUCAAGAGACGGUUGUUCUAUUCCGACCGUAACGUGGACGCCAGGGACCCUGUACAGCUGAAUCUUCUCUACGUUCAAACAAGAGACGCCAUUUUGGAUGGACGACAAGUUGUGACUGAGGAUAAGGCUGUCGAAUUCGCUGGGAUACAAUGCCAGGUACAAUAUGGUGAUUUCCAAGAAGACAAACAUAAGCCAGGUUUUAUUGAAAACUUAAGAGAAUUCCUCCCAGAUCAGUACGCAGGCUCAUGGGGAAUAGAGAAGAAGAUCAUAAAAGAACAUAGGAAACACCAUGGCGUCAGCCACUUAGACGCGAAACAUCUUUACACGAAGACUGCCAGGGAGUUGCCAACUUAUGGUGUUACAUUUUUCCUCGUUAAGGAGAAACAAAAAGGUAAAAAGAAAUUGAUACCGCGUCUCCUGGGGAUCAACUCGGAAUCAAUCCUGAGAUUAGAUGAAGAGACGAAAGAAAUACUGCAAGUGUGGCACCUCACACAAGUGAAGUCAUACCGAGCUGGAAGUGAAUUCUUCACCCUGAACUUUGGAGACUACAGCGAUAAGGAAUAUUCAGUGAAGACAAAUGAAGCGUUCCGUAUACGUGACAUCCUUCAAGGAUACAUCGACAUUAUCAGGAAGCGACAGGCUGCACCGUAUAACGUUCACUAUAAUGAAGGGGAGGUAAUCUGUGAGGAGAUGGUUGAGAGUUCAAGAGGCACAUACACGCAAAACGUCGUUGCGACCAAACCAGUAAUAACGACGUUUGUGGGACCGAGUCAAAUAAUAUCCGCCGAGCAAGGUUUAGAUGUUUAUUUAUUGAUUCAAGGCCACAAGUAUGGCGAGGGGACCACAAUAGUCACAGCACAUAAGGUGAUAACGACUACUAGAGGGGAGUGGACCCAGCGGCCCAUGCGCAAAGAAUGGAACCAGUCUGGUAACGCACCGCAGGAUCUCGGCAAGAAACUCAAUCGACUAAACUCUGAGGCUGUCAGGACGGUUGUACUACUCUCAGAUCCCACUCAGGAAAACCUUCAAGAAGUAUGUAAGAUUAUAGACGGCUUCGAGGAUGGUUUGCCGAGUAUAUUAAAAGGUGUUAAUGAAACAGCAGCCAAUUUAAAAGAAGAUGAAUCAAAGAAGCUUCUAGAAGAAUUAGACGAAUUAUCCAACUAUAUAAAUAUAUUGGCGUCGACCAAAAAGAGCGAUCUUAAUCACCUGUUCAACUGGAAACCGAGCAUAACUGGAAUUUGUACAAGUCAAUGGUUGAGGUCGAUGACAUUAGAAAAAGUUCCCAAGAAUCGAAAACGACUCAAGAGACGAGAUGAUUGGAAAGAUGUAAAACGAAAAUGUCUUAAGAAUUUAGGUAAAGCCUACAUAAGCAAAAAAGACAGCAUAAAGACAGUCAGUAGAGAUGUUAAGUAUUCAAAGGGUAAUCAGGACAAUUUGAUGACGGCCCAAGAUUCUGCGAAAAAAAUUGCAGAUCUCUCCACUCAGAUGUUCUUCUCCUUGGAUCCGAAGACUAAAAGACGCAGCCAUUUACUCAGGCGUUCCCGAAACAGUUUCAUCUUGGACGAGAAGACCGAAGCCUCCCUCCGUCGCGCUUCCUUCAUAACAGCUACAGAGAACGCUUGUCAGGCUGUUGAAAAUGCUAAAGCUGAAGUGGAUGAGGAUUACAACAAGCCACCUCUAAGUGAUGAAGAACUGAGAAAGCUCGAAUGUAAAACAAUUGAUAGAAUAGGAAAACUGAAUGCAGCGAUAGCACUGCUGCUUAAUGCUCAUGCUGAUCCGAAUAAUAUUGAUUACGAGAUGGCCGUGAAUUCAAUGAAGACAAUCAAUGAACUAAUGCCGGAUUUCAUAAAAGAUGCAAAACCUCUCAUAUGUACCGGAGAUGAAAACGUCAAUAAAAAACUUAGACAUCAAGUAAUACAGCUUCUAGAUGGUGCCAGAAAUAUGUGCAUGCUUACUGGAUCCAAUGAUGUUAAUAAAAUGUACGAUGAAGGCAACUCGUACGGCGAUGUUGCUAAUAAACUCAUUUUCACCUUCCAACGAUCGGAUCGCGAAAAGCCGAGCAAUGACGAUUCAAACCCGAAUAAUAACAUUAUGGCACUAGCUAAAGUUGUUGGGGAGAAAGUUUCUCUACUUCUAAAAGAAGCAAAUGAAUUGAAUGAUCUAGAAUGCAACGAUCCUCGUUCAGAGAAUGUGGAUGCUGCGGGAGCGAAAUGUGCUGAUACUACACAAGGACUCCUAGCUUGCGCUAAGCUCGCAGCUCAAUCGAUCCACGAGCCACAUUGUCAGAGUGCUUUGACAGCUGCUGCUGAGAACCUCUCAUCAUCAAUUAAGAAUCUAGCCCUAGCAUACAAGCCGUUGGUGGACAAACCAGGCAGGCACGGCUUUUCGAAGCAACUCGCUGAUCGCAUGUUUGAUCUUGCAAAGGCAUUGGAUAAGCUUAAGGAUUCCUAUUCGCACUUAAACGUUUCAGUGGAAUCUAAUGAUGUUCCUGCAGAAGAAGAAUCAGAUUUACAACGCAAAGAACGAUUAAAAUUCGUUAUGUCAUCGAGAGCAGCUAAAAAUGGUCUGAGAGAUGCAGAGAAAGAAUUACAAGAUGUUUUACAAACAUUUACGGAACCAAGCACUACUGCAAGUAGAAAUCCAGAAGCACGGCGUCUUCUGUCUCAAAGAUUGGCGCAGUUGAAUGCUGCUAUCGCUUCCCUUAUUCAAGCUACAUCUGACACAAAGAACCCUGAUUACGAUACAGCUGGAACAGCUGUUAACACUAUCAGUCAACUUACACCAACAAUAAUCAACGGUAACUAUUAUUUCUUUGUUCUUUUGUUUUUUCUUCUUUUUUCUAAACAAAAUUUAGUUUUUGCUUUCAUGACAUCUACAAAUCCGCUCGUACUGCUAUUUCUACAUUACGCCAAAGGGCUACGGGGAAAUGUUGAUGAGAACGCCUGGCAAGAAAUAGCUCAAAGCCUGAAGGAGAUACUUGAAGCAACAAAAGGAAUAUGUGAAAGUGCCGAAAACGGCAAUAUUGGUGAGCUGAACAAAGUGGCGUCGAAAAUCGCAAGUCCGUCUCGCAAAUUGACCUUCAAAAUUAGUCCUCGUCGAAACGCUAAAACAAAGAACGAGAUACUAGAGUUAUCUAAAUCAGCUGUUGAUCAAACCGCUCAACAUCUUACUCACGUGAAUGAGCUCGCGAAGAAGAUUGGAGGAGAAGAAGGUAGCAAACUAGAUAACGCUGGAGUGAAAGCUGUAGAUGCUGCACAGCAACUGCUGAAAACUUCUGAGAUAACAGCACCAAGCAUUGAAGACACGCGUUGUCAAUCAGCGUUACUAUCUGCAAUAGACCGUCUUUCUGAUAGAGCAAGAAAUGUGCAACAAAUAUGGGAACCUAUAGUCGAAAUUUCUGAGCAUCGCCCACACAAAGAACAAUUAAAUCAUAGUCACAAACAACUCAAUUCAACAUUGGACAAACUAAAACAAAGUUGUGUAGCUAAAGAAGAUGGAGAACCAGAAGAGCAACAGAAACAUCGACAUAAUUUCGUCGUCACAACAGCAGCGGCAAAGGAUGACUUGAAUAAAGCAGAUAAACAUUUGCAAGAGCUGAUAAAUACGGCACAUAAAACAAAAAUUGCAAGUAAAAAUCCGGAUGCACAGCGACUUCUGUCCCAAAGGCUGGCGCAGCUGAAUGCUGCUAUCGCAUCAUUAGCACAAGCUACCUCUGACACAGAUAGUCCUGAUUACAAGACUGCAGGAGCCGCUGUUAAAAACAUUUGUCAACUGACACCAACGAUCAUCAACGAUACCAAAGAGAUACAAGGAAAUGUUGAUGAAAAUGCAUGGAAAGAAAUAACUGAAAGCCUCAAAGAGAUACUCGAAGCAACACGAGGAAUUUGCGGCAACGAAGACUGUAGCAUUGAGUAUCAGGAGCUAAAUGAGGCUGCGUCUAAAAUAGGAAAAUCAUCUGGCAAAUUAACUUUCAUUAUUAGCCCUCGUCGCAACGUGAAGAAACAAAACGAGGUCAAACAGUUAUCCGAAUCAGCUGUUGGUCAAAUGGCUCAACUUUUGGCUCACGUGGAUGAGCUCGCAAAGAAGAUUGGAGGAGAAGAAGGUAGCAAGCUAGACGAUGUUGGAGUUAAAGCUGUAGACGCCGCUCAACAACUGCUGAAAACUGCUGAGAUAACAGCACCAAGUAUUGAAGAUGAGCGUUGUCAGUCAACAUUGCUAUCUGCGAUAGACCGUCUUUCUGAUAGAGCAAAACAAGUGGAACAAACAUGGAAACCUAUAAUUGAAAAACCAGAAUAUAGACCACAUGGAGUGCAACUAAAUAAUUGUCUACAGCAGUUGAAUUCAACAUUAGACAAAUUGAAACAAACUUGUCAAUCUAAAGGAGCUGAGGAAUCAGAACAACAAAAGAUAGCACGACACAAUUUCAUCGUCGCGUCAACAGCGGCUAAGACUGAUUUGCAGAAUGCAGAUAAAGAUUUACAAGAGCUGAUGAAAACGGGACCGAGUGCUAAACCUGCUGGUAGAAAUUCUGAUGCAAGGCGACUUCUAUACCAAAAGCUGGCACAAUUGAAUGCUGCUAUUGCAUCUCUAGCACAAGCUACUUUUGACGCGGAUACUCCUGAUUAUAACACUGCAGGAGCAGCUGUCAAGAAUAUAUGUCAAUUAACGCCAAGGAUCAUUAAUGAUACUAAAGCGCUACAAGGAAACGUUGAUGGAAAUUCUUGGAAAGAAAUAACUAAUAGUCUUAAAGAGAUACUUGAAGCGACACGAGAAAUUUGCGGAAGUGCUGAAGACAGCAACAUUGAGGAGCUAAAUGAGGCCGCAUCUAAAAUAGCUACUUCAUCUGGCAAGCUAACAUUUAUAAUUAAUCCACGUCGCAAUAUGAAGAAACAAGCGGAGGUUGAACAGUUAUCCAAAUCAGCUACUGAUCAAACUGCUCAGCAUUUGGCUCACGUGGAUGAGCUCGCAAAGAAGAUUGGAGGAGAAGACGGUAGCAAGCUAGACGAUGCUGGAGUGAAAGCUGUAGAUGCUGCACAGCAACUGCUGAAGACUGCUGAGAUAACAGCACCAAGUAUUGAAGAUAAACAUUGCCAAUCAGCUUUAUUAUACGCAGUAUAUAAACUUGGCGAUACUGCGAAAACAGUGGAACAAAUUUGGAGGCCCAUAGUAGAAAAGCCUGAACAUCGUCAGACCGGAGAAGAAUUAAAACAUAGUUUUAAGCAAUGGAAUUCUACUCUCGACAAAUUGAAAGAAUUAUGUCAACCUGAGGACGAUAAAAUUGACGUGGGAAUUCCUGGAACAGAAACAGGAGAAGACCUGGAGAGGCGCAGGAUUCAAUUUGUCAAUAAUUUGAAAGGAGUCAAAGAUGCCAUGGCUGAUGCUGCCAAAGAAAUAAAAGUUACAAGUCAAGAUUCAAAUAAAUUGCAAAAGAACAAAAAUCCGGUAUCAAAGAGCUUACUAGCCCAAAAGCUUGCGAACUUGAAUGCUGCUAUAGCAAAUAUGCUUCAAGCUAUUUCAGAUCGUGAAAAUAAAAACUACGAAAAGGCUGAGGAAGCGAUCAACACAAUAUCAGCUCUCACAACUGAUAUAAUUAAAGACGCUAAGACUCUGCAAGGUAAUGUAGACGACAAGUCUUGGAAGCUGAUAAUGGAUGAUCUGAAGAAUAUUGUUGACAAAACGAGCGAUAUUUGUGAGAAGGCUGAUAACCAAGAGGAAGUGGAAAAGUCAGCAUUAGAACUUGCAAACUCAGUCAACAAAAUGACCAACGUUAUUAAUCCACGCAAUAAUGUGAAGAAGGAAAAUAAGAUACUAGGCUUAUCCAGAGAAGCUGCUGAACAAGUCUCCUUAUUGUUGUCAAGUGUUUAUCAACUGGCGGAAGAAAUCGAUGGAGAUGUCGGAGAGAAUCUCGACAAUGUUGGGGUUAAAGUUGUUGAUUCUGUGCAGACAAUGCUUAAAACUGCUGAGAUUACAUCACCAACGAUCAACAAUGUUGAAUGUCAACGAGCGUUAUUAUCAUCAGUAGACCGGGUUUCUGGCCUAACUGACGAUCUGAAGACAAUUUGGAAUCAACAUGUACAAACUCCGAAAUAUCGACAAAUUGGACACCAACUUGAAGAGAACCAUAAGAUUGUAGAAACAAUGCUAGACAAAUUAAAGUCAGCCGUCCAGGAACCAGAUGAAGAACCUAAACCCCAUCUCCUCAAUGAUUUGUCAGACGCAAAGAAGAAAAUCAAAGAUGCUGAAAAAUUAUUCUCCGAAGACAAGAUGUACGAUCAACGUGCUUUACCAACAAAAAAUAAGAAUACCGAUAAAGGCGAUAAAACAGUGCUGCAGAAACGACUACAGCUCUCAGACAAAUUGGCUCAACUUAACGAGGCAGUCGCUUUACUCUUGCAAGCCAUGUCAGAUCGUAUGAACCCAGACUACAAAACAGCAGAAAAAACUAUAAGUAUUAUUUCGAAUUUAACGCCGGAAAUCGUUCAAGAAACGAUAGAAAUUCAUGAUAAUAUGGAUGAUAAUGCACGCGAAGUACUAUUCAAAGAGGCAAAAGGAUUAUGCAACGCAAGCCAGGAGAUUUGUACUAGUGUGGAAAACAAUGAUUUAGAGGAACUUAAUAAAGCCGCUACCAAUUACGCGCAAUCAUCCGGAAAACUUCGCUUCAUUGUCAGCCCUCGUUCUUAUCCAAAUAAAGAGAAAAAAAUACUUGACCUAACACGUUCGAUCUGUGAAAGAACAUCACUGAUGCUAUCACGAGUUUCUCGCCUUGCGUGUAACAUUGACGGGGAUGAAGGUAACGAUCUCAAUGAAUCUGGUGCUAAAGUGGCUGAUACCGCACAAGUGCUGCUGUGUACCGCUCAGAUAACAGCACCAUCAAUCAGUGACCGUAACUGCCAAUUAGCGUUGACAUCUUCCGCUGACACCUUAUCAGACGUGGCUCAAGAUUUAGGAAAGGUCUGGAGACCGUUGGUACAGGAUACGAAGAAUAAGCAAAUUGGAGAUCAACUUACGAGAGAUCUGGAUCUAUUGAACAAUGAGCUUGAAGUUCUGAAAAAGACUUGUCAAGAUAAUUCUGAUUUAAAUGACACAGUGGAUAUGACACAACAACAUCGAACAAUUUCUAAGCCUAAAGAGGAAGCGGGUCCUAAAACAGACGGUAAGAUGCAGAACAUUGAUCUUCUGUUAGAAGAUAUUUACAAAACAUCUAAGAAUGUAGAAAAACCCGAGAAGCCGAUUGUCAUCGAAGACACGCCUCUUCGACAACUGGCCAGCAAAAUUAUGGAGUCAGCUAAGAUCAAAGCUGAAUGUGAUCACUAUUCAGAAACAGAACGCAAAAGAUUUGCAGAACUCGCUAAUAAAUUAGCUGAUGCCAUCAACAUGUUAGACGUCACUAAUUCGAGGUGUCGGGAUACGCCAUUUGGUUCUAAAGAGAAAACAGAAAGAGCAUUGCAGCUUGAAAACGCCAUACUAAAUCUUCAAUUGUUAUGUAUUCAAUCUCGACAGAAGGAUGGUGAAGCGAGCAAUAUCGUCGAUUUGACGGAAUUCGUCGAUGACGUCACUUCAGCUGUGGAUGACUUACAAAAAAGUACAAAAGAAAUCAAAGAUAAAUCCAAAAAAGAAGCUGUAUUGGACAUCACCGACAAAUGUCAGAAGAUGAAAGAAAAAGCUAACGAACUUCUCGAUGCACAGAAUACUCAAGCAGAUGGAAACAUGUUUGAUGACGUCCUUAGAAUCGAUCAAUUCGCUAAGGACUGCGAUGACAAUGUGCAAGCAAUUAAUAAUAUGGUGCGCAACAUCGGUGACGAAACAGCGAGAAAGAAGCUUUUAAAUAAACUUCUUUCGUUGGAAGAAAAAUGUAAUUUAUUGAGAUUUGCUGCUAAGAGCAGCAUUUCGAACGCCGAAAGUGCCACACUCGAAGAGAGUCUGAGAAAUCUUGAGGAUACUGAGAGAAAGAUUCAAAUGAUUAUAAAGCCUGCUGAAGAAAGCACAGAACUCCAAAACGUAAAAGGAGUUAAUAAGCGGUCCAUAGAAGCAUCACAGGCAACAUUAGGUACUGUGAUCGCAGCUGGAAAUGAAAACAAACUUCCAAAAGCUUUAGCGCGUUACGCUGUUGAAAUGACAAGUCUUAACCGUGCCAAUGAUAGGAAGAACAAGUUGAAAGAACAUCUAGACAGAUUGUUAGACAUACUGAAACUGCAAAUAGCCGUGAAGAACCGUCGAGUAGUGACCUGGCAGGACAUGAAUCAUGAAGAAGUUUACACAACUACGGAGAAAGUUCUUGAGGAGCUGGACAGCUUUGCCAAUGAUAUGGAUGUCAAUCAUAGUGCCAAAGAAAUAGCAAGUAGUGAGGAAGUUGAAAUACUGAAAGAAGUUGAUAUCAAAUCUUUGCUUGCACCAAAUACAUCGAAAGUACUAGGAGAACAGAAGGAACUCAAAAUCAAACUGAAUCAGCAAAUACAGAAACUGAACUCUAUGACCGGAACAAUAGUGCUUAGUUUGAACAAACCGGAGUCGCUCGCCAGAAGCCUCCACACGACCUCUGAAACCGCUGCACAAUUAUCUGCCAUCGCUAGAGGUCUUAAAAAUGAGGAUCCAGUUCAAAACAAGAGAAUCGAGGAGGCAGCACAAGAAAUUAAUGUCGCUACAUAUCAACUUAUGAAAACGACAAAAUCUAUAUCUAAGACACCAACUCAUCCUGAAUCAAGAAGGAGACUGCUAGAAGCGUGCAAUUUGUUGAAUGAUUCAUUGAACAAUAUUGCUCGAGUAGCAAUACCAGCUGAUAAGAUGCAACGUGACUGCAAUGAACUAAUGAGUAGCUUGCAGUUGCAUCAGAGCUUCCUGACCUCUGAUCAUCCAUCUUGCGCUCUGAGCUAUCCUGACUGUCUGGCUGCACUGCAGACUCAACAGGAUGUCAUAAGCAAACUUAAAUCAGAACAGAACAUGUCGAGAACGGAAUGCGGCACCGCGCUGCGCUACGUAUCGUCAGCAAUAUCGAACACUGCAGAAUACGCUACACAAAGCGCCUACUUGUUAACGUUGUCCAAAGAAGAUCAAAACGCAGCAAAAUCAGGUUUAGUGGACGUACCUUUUGUGAAGAAAUUGACGGAUUUGAUAAACGAUACUUGUAUUCAAAUUAUUUGCAAUGGGAGUGAUAAAGAGGCAAAAGACCAAGUAACUCUAAAUAAACAAGUGCAGCAACUGCAAGAAGCUAUUAACAUUGCGAGUACGAAUAUGAGGGUAGAAGACCAAAAUAAACUAAUGGAACAUUCGAGAGAACUGCACGAAGCUUUGAAGAGUCUGAAUGAUAUAUUAAGCCAGUCUUUAAUCGAGGAGGAGAAAUCUACAGCAAGAACAAUGAAAGUAAUAGAUGCUGUCAAUAAUAUUAAUGACACAAUCGACAACACUCCUGAACCUAAGACUGACAAGGAUCCAAAAACUUUAGCUGGCUCCAAGGAAGUUCUCGAUAACACCAGGAAUCUAUUAAACAAGACAUCGAUGAUGAUAAGGAAGGCGAGCCUGUGGCGAGAGGAAGUGAUGACUUGGGUUACGUUCGGUAGCAGUGACGUCAUCAAGGCGUUCGAAUCAUUGGUCACUUGUAUCAGAGAAAAAGGCGCUGAAGCUGGUCUAAUUGAAGCGAUACAAACGAGUGAGGAACCAGAUGCUCCAGCAAAAAGCUACAUGCAGACACAAUUGGAAUCAGCUUUAUCCUGGCUCCGAAGACCAGCGUCCAAAGACAACGUCAAAGCAGAGGGCGUGAAAGGUGCAGAAAAUGUUGUGAACAUGGCUGAACAGAUGUGUGAAGAUCUUCAGGGAAGCGAGAAAGAGGAAAUGAAACAAGUCAUUGAUGAAACGAAGAAGCUGCUGAAGGAUUGUUCUGUUAAGUACAACAGUGAUAAGGCUGGUCUUUUAACGGAACGGCUGAAGGAGCUCCGUAAGAUGUUGGAGCGAGGAGUUGUGACGAGGGUGGUGGAAGACUUCCUCGACGAAGAGCCCCUCGCCGAUUUGGAGAACAUCAUCCAUAAAGAGAAUGAUGAGAAGAAACGCAAGUUCCUGCUGGAGAAGAAGCUAGCAGAGUUACAGGCACAGCUCGGCCGUAUCAAGAAAACCGCAAGAUUUGUAGCAGACACUGGUAAAGCGUCGAGACAGGAACUCAUGAAAACCAGUGACCAGGUCGAACUACUAGCGCCAUCGUUAGUUAAAGCUGUGCAACAAAGAAUUAAAGAUCCAGAAGACCAGGCCGCCAUAGAACAUUACCAGAAGCUUUUAGCUGAAUAUGCUGAAUCUUUAUCGAGGAUUCGAGAGCUUUGCGAUAAAGCUGUCGAUCCAAUUGAAUUCUCACAAGCUGCAGGUGAGACAAUGCAGCGUAUAAAGGAAGAAUCCACUAACAAUCCUACGUACAGUACUCGUUCUCCUAGAGUUAUUAUAAAGCUCUACAAACGAGUAGUAGAUGUUGGUAUAAAUUCAGACCUAGUUCAGAAAGACCCUGAACUGAAGAAGACCCUCACCGAAAUCAAAUCAACCGUAGAGGAGAAAGAGUGGGAAGCAAAACGAGCUGACUCCUGGAAAGAUAUUACUUCUGAAAUUUUGAGAAGAACAGGGCAAGUGGAAUCUGCUUUGGGAGGAGAAAAUAUCUUCUUAAAACAACCCGAACCUGAUCAGCCGAUCUUUGCCGCGGCGCACGACCUGCACAGCGCGGUGCGCGGCUGGGCGGCGCGCGACAACGAGAUCGUCGCCGUCGCCAAGCGGACGGCCGUGCUCAUGGCCAGGCUGUCCGACUAUAUGAACACAGGUAAUAAGAGUGAACUCAUAUUUACAUCAAACCUGAUCGUCACGGCGUCGAGGGAGGUCGCAGAACUGGCUAAGAAGCUUGCGUUAGAGUGCUCUGAUAUCCGGAUCAGAACCAAUCUUUUGCAAGUCUGUGAUCGCAUCCCGACAAUCAGCGGCCAGUUGAAGAUGCUGACAACUGUGAAAAGCUCUUCUUUAGGACACCAAGGAAGUGCAGAGGACCAAGAGGCAAUGAACAUGCUGGUGGGCAAUGCGCAAAAUCUCAUGAAAAGCAUCCAAGAAGUAGUGAAAGCUGCCGCGGGUGCCUCGGUGAAGAUCAUGUCACAGAGAGGAUGCAGACUCAAAUGGGUCCAGAGAACCUAUUACUGACGUCACAAAUUUGAAGAGACUAUAUAUUUUGUACCAUGAAUCUGAUUUAUAUUAUUAAGCAAUAAAAUAAAUAGAUCUUAAA